AUGCGGUGGGGUGAGCCGGUCCUCCCAACACACAGAGGCAUGGCGGCGUUCUUGCUGGAGCCGCAGGGUGAGCCAAUGACUUUAGGAUCACCAACGUCUCCAAAACCUGGAGCCGGUGCCCAGUUUUUACCUGGCUUCCUAAUGGGAGAUAUACCAACACCAGUAACUCCACAGCCACGGCCAUCCAUGGGAGUAAUGGAGCUACGUUCCCCUAUGAUUGGAGGUGGCUCCCCUCCUCAGCCUGUAGUACCAUCUCAUAAAGAUAAGAGCGGUGCUCCUCCAGUUAAAAGCCUUUAUGAUGACAUCUCAAGUCCAGGUCUUGGGUCAACGCCUCUUAAUUCCAGAAAACUGGUACGUUCACUGCUAUUUCUAUAUGUAGCUCAGUUCUAUAGGCCCCGUACUCCUACUUCAAGCGUCUUUAGCCCAGCAACCAUCAACCAGAGUAGAAAAGCAACAUUGUCACCUGCUCAGCUAGAUCCCUUUUAUACACAGGGCGAUGCAUUGACAUCUGAAGACCAGCUGGAUGAUACAUGGGUAACUGUCUUUGGGUUUCCACAAGCUUCUGCCUCGUAUAUUCUAUUACAGUUUGCUCAGUAUGGCAAUAUAAUAAAACAUGUGAUGUCCAAUACCGGAAACUGGAUGCAUGUGCAAUAUCAGUCCAAAUUACAAGCCAGGAAGGCUUUAAGUAAAGAUGGCAAGAUAUUUGGUGACUGCAUUAUGAUUGGUGUGAAACCUUGCAUAGAUAAGAGCAUAAUGGAUAGCGGUGAAAAGACCUCAUUAUCUUCGGUCAACUCUGUCUUCACUCCACCAAUUAAGACAUUAGGUACCCCUACCCAACCAGUGUCUACUCCAAGAUCAACAAUGAGACCCCUUGCUGCAGCUUAUAAAGCCUCAACUAGUGAUUACCAGGUGGUAUCUGACAAACAGACGCCUAGAAAAGAUGAAGGUCUAGUAUCUAAAGCCAUGGAGUACGUAUUUGGAUGGUAG